AUGGCAGACUCAUACUACAGUGACUACAGGGUACAUCGGCCGUACCUGUAUGGCCCCAACAACUUGGAAGAUGAUUCCAUAGACAAGAUGAUCAAUAACUUCAACGAAUUUUUCUCCGACCCGAAUAUAGCCAUAUUCAAAAAUCUCAACUCCGACUCCACAGCACCAACCGACUACGUGAUGAACCUGUUGAGACAUGCCAAUGCAACCAUUACCGCGCUGGCUCAGGACCGGAAAGAAUUGAAUAAGGCGCAGAAGUACUUUAUUGAGGAACGGGAAAUUUUGAUUUGCCGGCAGGCAUCCUUGAUUCAGGAGCAGGGAGAUUUGAUUAAGCAGCGGGAUGACUUAAACCAGGAGCUGGAAUACUUUCGGCUUCAAGAAGAUCAUACCUCGGAGACUAAAUUAGCCCAUGAUGAAGCUUGUGUAUUGGGCAUAACCGAUGAGCCCGCCCACGAGCAUGACUCUUCCUCCGAAUUUUGCCCAGGUACUACUCCAGAUCAUAUCUCGGAAAGUCUUGACAGUGAGGAUGAUAAUUUAUCUUUGGAGCUGCGCGAAAUGCGGGAUUCAAAGGAUGAUCACUACACGUUGAAUAUCAUGCGUGCUCUCUGGACUGAAGUGUCUGCGAAACGGGUAAAAGGGAAUGAAUCCGAGGAAGAAGGAGAUGAUGAAGAAGAGGAAAAGGAGGAAGAUCAAGAGGACGAACAACAGGAGGAACCUGAAUUUCAAGAGAAUCCCCUGUCUGCGUCGCAAUAUUGCAACUACCCAAGUGCAGGUGUUCAGACGGCGUCGUCGUACCCGGUGUUCCCUUAUACUUAUACUUUCACUCCCAUCCAAGCGGCUCCAUCCUCGAGUACGUCCACGCGAAACUGGGUGUAUCCUGCUUCUUCGGUUGAAAUUGCUCCGCGGAACUACUCACCCACUGAGGUAUCCAGUCAACAGACUGUUGAAUCAAGCAUACCUCUAAAACGACAACAUGAUGAACAAUUGAAAUGA